GUUGGAGGGUUUUUGGGGUUGUUGCAGUCAGAAGAGUCUUCAAACAACCAAUAUGUCAACCAAUACAGAUGUUUCUCUUUCUUCAUAUGAUGAAGAUCAGGGAUCCAAACUUAUCCAAAAAGCUAAAGAGGCACCAUUUGUCCCCAUUGGAAUGGCGGGGUUUGCAGCGAUUGUUGCAUAUGGACUGUACAAACUGAAGAGCAGGGGAAAUACGAAAAUGUCCCUUCACCUCAUUCACAUGCGUGUGGCGGCUCAAGGCUUUGUUGUAGGAGCAAUGACUCUUGGUAUGGGCUAUUCCAUGUAUCGGGAAUUCUGGGUGAAACCUAAACCUUAGAAGAGAUGCUGGCUUGGCCUUGUUGGAGAUGUUUCCUUUAGUUAGACAUCUCAUAUUGAGGUUAUGUGUUAUAUCGAAAAUAAAUAAUUUGAGUGGGUUUAGACAAUAAUACAUGGUAUUUUGAAUAUGGACCUCCUCGUGACCAAAUUAUUAGUGACUAGUUCACUAAUAGGUCCCUCGGGGAGUCAGGUUAACACAAUGUCACAUUUUACACCUGGUGUUAAAAUGUUCUCCCUCCACCCCAACCCUUGUGAUGAAAUUAGUCCUAAAGAUCACAGCAGGCCAAUGCUGAAGUUACUCCCAGUUUGCUGCAGAGUGUCACAUGCUUCGUGUGUUGGAAAGGAGUCCUGUUUACCCAGUUAAUUCACUUUUUUCUGCCUGCCUCAUAGACUGGAUGAAUAUUUCAGUUUUUGGGAUUGGUUAUCUCUUAAAGAACUCUUUUUCAAAAAGUUCAUGGAAUAUAAUUUGUAAAGCCUCCCACACCUGAAUGUGUGUGUGUGUGUACUUGUGUGUGUACACAAACAAAAGGUAGCAAGCUUUUAAGACAGCUGCAUAGUAGUAUUUAUUUCAGAAUCAUACUUGUAGAUGUGAGACUAAUUUAAUUAUGGAUUCCAGGUUAGCUCUUUUGUAAAAACUGCAGAAUUAUAUUUUUGCUGCUGUUAUACUAGCAUAAUUUCUAAAUGUCACCUUGAAAUAGAAACAUGUAUUUUAACUGCUAAUACAAAGGUAAAUUAACACUUUUAAAA